AUGCUCCUCCUCUCGCUGUUCGCGACCUCCACCAGCAGCAGUUCCGUCGUCCGGCUGUCUCGGACCGUGGGCGAGCGGGGCAGCGGCCGCGGUCAGUUUGACGGCCCGCGGCACGUGGCCGCGCUGAAGACCGGCGGCGCUGUCAUCGUGGACGGCCUCAACGAGCGCAUUCAGGUCUUCGACCGGCACGGCGAGUGCGUGCGCAUCGUCGAGGGCGUCACCACGCCCACCGGCGUCGCGAUCGGCGGCCCCGAGGGAGACACGCUCUACUGGGCCGAGUCGACGCGGGCGCAUCGUGUCAACCGGCUGCAGCUGUCGGCAAAGUCUGCCCGGACGGCGGCGGAUCCCGGCGUGGGCCGCCCGGCCGUGAGCGUGCGGAGGCCGUGGGCCUCGCGCCAGACCGCGAUGGGCGGGCUGGGCGAGGCGGACGGCGAACUGCAGGACCCGCAGGACCUCUGCUUGCACGGCGAUGAGCUCUACGUGGCCGAGUGGGGCAACCACCGCAUCAGUGUCUUUGACAAGACGAGCCUCGCCUUUCUGCGGCACAUUGGCUGCGGCGACGAGGAUGGCAGCGAGGGCGGCGAGGGCGGGAGCGGCCCUGGCCAGCUCGACCAGCCGUGCGGCGUGGCGUGCGCCGGCGAGGAGGUGUUCGUGUGCGACACGUGGAACCACCGCAUCAGCGUCUUCGACCGGUCGUCCGGCGCCUUUCUGCGCAGCUUCGGCAGGCGGGGUGGCGAGCCCGGCGAGUUCAACUACCCCUGCGGCAUCGAGAUAGCGCACGGCCGCAUCUACGUGACUGAGCGGACGGGCAAGCGGUUGCAGGCGCUGUCGCUCGAGGGCGAGCCGCUGCAGGUGCUGCCCGCGCCGUGCGAUGGCUGGCUCUACGGCAUCUGCCUGGACGCUCACGACCAGCUCUGGGUCACUAGUAGCAACCGCCACUGCGUGCACAUCCUCUCUGUCGCCGACCCGAAUGCGGACGCGACGCGCUGA